GGGAGCUUUGACCGCAGGAAGGGAAGGGGUUCGUUCCUCCAGCUGCAACCUAUAAAGUGAUCUCUUGAGCCUUCUGGGAAGGCACAUCUAGCCCACCAGCCAAAGACAGAGAUCCAGAUUUGUUGCAGAAGAGGGAGGCACGUUCAAACCGUGACGUACAGGACUCUUGGGCCCUGAUAUUGAAGGUCACCAUGCUGUUCUUGGCAAGCCUGAGCCUAGGGCUUCUAUCAGCCACAGAAUUCCUCCUUGCCGCUGUUGUUUUCUGCUUCAUCUUAAUGACCGUCAAAUCCUCCGGGAAGCGGAUACCCCGAGGACUCAGGGAACUCCCCGGGCCUGCGGGCUACCCGUUGAUCGGCAGCGUUCUGGAGAUGGGGAAGAACCCCCACCUGAGCCUGACUCAGAUGAGCGAGAAAUACGGGGAUGUGAUGAAGAUCCGUAUCGGCACGAGGCCCGUGUUGGUGCUGAGUGGGCUGGAGACCAUCAAGCAAGCCUUGGUGAAGCAAGGGGGAGACUUCAUGGGCCGCCCUGACCUGUACACCUUGCGGCAUAUUACAGAUGGCCAGAGUAUGACCUUUAGCACGGAUUCUGGGGUGGUGUGGGGGGCCCGCAGGAAGCUGGUCCAGAGCGCCUUACGGAAUUUUGCUUCCGCUUCCAGCUCGGGUUCUUUGUCCUCCAGCCUGCUGGAAGAACAUGUCUCCGAAGAGGCAGAACGCUUGGUCACAACACUGCAGCAGGUGAUGCAGGAACAGCAGGGAUUAGACCCCUCUCGGUACCUUGUGGUCUCCGUGGCCAACGUGGUUACCGCCAUGUGCUUCGGCAAGCGCUACAGCCACGACGACCAGCAGCUUCUCAGCAUCGUGAACGAAAGCGAAGAGUUUGUGGAAGUCGCCUCCUCUGGGAAUCUUGUCGAUUUCUUCCCCUUGCUUCAGUUCCUCCCCGGAAAGAGCAUGAAGAAGUUCAAGGCAUUCAAUCGACGGUUCACCGAUUUCCUGCAGAAUAUCGUCAAAGACCAUUAUGAGAGUUUCAGUAAGGACAACAUCCGAGACAUCACGGACUCCCUCAUUGAUCUCAGUCAAGAAAAGGACAGAAAUACAAAGAUUCAGCUCCCCACUGGGAAAAUAGUGAACCUCGUUAAUGACAUUUUUGGUGCUGGUUUCGACACAGUGACCACAGCCUUAACCUGGUCUCUCGCGUAUCUUGUCGUUUAUCCCGAAAUCCAGAAGAAGAUUCAGGGAGAAAUAGAUGAAACCAUUGGCAGAGAGAGGAAGCCAAGACUGUCAGAUCGUCCCCUUCUGCCUUAUACAGAAGCCUUUAUCCAAGAAAUGUUCAGACAUUCCUCCUUCCUACCUUUCACAAUCCCUCACUGCACAACCAGAGACACCGUCUUGAAUGGCUACUACAUCCCCAAGGAUAUGUGCGUCUUUGUCAACCAGUGGCAAGUCAACCACGAUAAAGACCUUUGGAAGGAUCCUUCCAUCUUUAAACCAGAACGUUUCCUUUCUGACAACGGGAAGGAAGUCAACAAGGACGAGUGCGAGAAGGUCUUGGUCUUUGGUUUGGGCAAGAGGAGAUGCGUCGGGGAGACGAUCGCUCGGUGGGAGGUCUUCCUCUUCUUGACCACUCUGCUACAGGAGCUCCAGUUUACGAUCCAGGACCGGGUCACGUUGGACAUGACGCCUCGCUACGGGCUCUCCCUGAAGCUGAAGAGAUGCGAGCACUUCCAAGUGACCAAGCGCUCCCCGAAGAGGCCCGCCGAGUGAACUGCAAAGCAAAAUGGACCUUUUGUGGCAUGUCGAUUCCUGCAGGCACUUAGAAUAACACGGGGGUGUUUUCGCGCACAUUAAAUAAUGCACUUUCGAUCCACUUUGCGAGACAGUUGCGGUAGUGGGUUGAAGGUGCAUUAUUUAGCACUUGUGAAAGCACCUGUGGAAUCAUAGGAGGCUUCCACACGUGCUAAAUAAAUGCAGUUUCAAUCCACUUCAGCGACCCUUUGCAAUGGGUUUUACCCAGGGCUUUUUUUUGUAGUGGGACCUUCUUUGCAUAUGAGGCACACCCCUGAUGUAGCCAAUCCUCCAAGAGCUUCUUAGUACAGGGCCUACUGUAAGCUCCAGGAGGAUUGGCUACAUCAGGGGUGUGUGGCCUAAUAGGCAAAGGAGCUCCUGCUACAAAAAAGCCCUGGUUUUGCCAUCUCACACAGUAAAAAUCAGUUGCGAAGUACACUGAAGGUAAAUCGAAAGUACAUUAUUUAGUGUGUUUGAAAGCGCCUUUAGAGUUGGAAGAAGAAGAAGAAUUGCAGAUUUAUACCCCACCCUUCUCCCUGAAUCAGAGACUCAAGGUGGCUUACAAUCUCCCAUGUCUUCUUCCCCCACAACAGACACCCUGUGAGGUGGGUGGGGCUGAGAGAGCUCUCCCAGAAGCUGCCCUUUCAAGGACAGCUCUGCCAGAGUUAUGGCUGACCCAAGGCCAUUCCAGCAGCUGCAAGUGGAGGAGUGGGGAAUCAAACCCGGUUCUCCAAGAUAAGAGUCUGCGCACUUCAUCACUACACCAAACUGGCCUUCCAGGGUCCUCUAAGGGGGCCAUGAGAACUAAGCCCUGAUGCAGCCCUUCCUGCCAAAUCUGCCAAACGUACCCUCUCCUGGUCCAAGCCCCCGGUCUGCGCAGGGGUUCCCCCGCCUGAGAGGUUCCCAACCCACUGGCCCACAUUGGGCCGGUAGGGGGAAGCUCCCCCGACGUUGCCGGCGCAACGACAGUACCCAGAAGUGAUGUCAUCGUGCUGGCCAUAGAGUUUUCCCCUCCCAAAUGGCUAAAGCAUCCAAGAAAACCAUAGAGUUUUCCCCAGAAAUUCCUAGAGUGGCUACCGCAGCGAUGACAUCACUUCCGGGAAGCGUCAUUGUGCCCCGUGCGCGCUUUGAGACCCCCGCCAGAGGCUGCAAAGGACUUGGCAACCCUACUUGGUCCCCCAGCUUCUUGCUCCUAUUGUUUAUGCUUUGCUAAUUAAAUUAGCACCCCCCAGUGCCCCCUCCGGAAAAUAUCCUAGAUAUGAGCCUGUCUUAGGGUCAGAGGGAACAAAGAAACAAGAUGGAGUUAAUCAGAACUAGAAAGAGGAGUGAGCUAUUAUUUCCAUGUAACCCUUUCCCAAAGUCUGAAGUAAACUUUUUCUUCGAGUUUAAA